GAAGAGUUAAAAGAUGAGUACAAAUGUCCUGUAUGCCUUGUAGCUAUGAAGAACCCUGUUCAGACCAAGAGAUGCGGCCAUCGCUAUUGCCGUGAAUGCUUGUUAAAAACCUUCAGGUAUUACUACCGUUUUUACGUCGCUUCUCUGUGAUUUUAAUAGGUAUGAAAUAUUAUUUAGUUCUGCCUCAGCUCUUUGACCGAGAACGAUAUAUUCAUUAUUGCUCUCGGGAUAACUCCUAUUCACGAUACCCGCCAUCACUGAUGGGAUAAAAGCAAUGUUCCAUGCAGCUUUCUCAGGGGGCGAUCAAGCGAAAAAAAUUUUGCGUGUUCAUUCUAGACACUAGUAAAUGAAGAGCUGUUCAUCUUAAAGACGGUAAUGAGAAUUUAUGGCUGGAACUAAUUGUUGUUACUUUUGUGGAUGCUUUGGCGACCAUAGAUGUCCUCAUUUGUGUAGCAAACAAUAAUCACUUUAUGGCAUAAAUCUUGUCGAGAGUCGGACUAUCCAUUUUGAACCGAGGAGGAGUGUGUGGGUGGGUGUGUGUGUGGGGGGCGGAUGGAGGUAUUUGGGUUAAUUUUUGCUGGGUAUGUGUCGCUGGCCUCUCAGAACACCUACACCAUUUUUGUCUAUUCUGUGGUCAUAUUAUAGACCCCAUCUUAGUCACUUUUGGGAAAAUGUAAUUUUCGCGAUCCCAACUUGGGAACUUUCUGUUUAUUCAUCUACAUUAUAAGGCCUUUUAACUAGGUCAUCCAGAAAUGAAUUGACACAUUCGUUAAACUUAAUGAAGUAAAAAUGUUCCCAUUUAUUUUUUAAUCCCUACUUACCUGAAUUUUCUAAUCCCCAAAAUCCCGAAAAUGUGCGAUCCCAUACAUUCAAGUAACUCUUCAGGAGUAAUAAAAAUGCAACCCCAUUCAGUGGCACAUCCCCAUUAGCCUAUUACUUGAAGUAACAGGGAUUAAUAGGUACAUUUGAACAGUGGUCCUGGGAAUUGAGGUUGGUGCAGGGUGUCUCUUUGUAGAUACUUGGCUCAGAGGCUAACAGGGAAUAAAACAGAAGAAAUGAAUUUUUAUUGAUCCCUUAAUCGAUCUGGUUUUUUUUCUAGUAAACUCUCUGUGAUAGAUAGCAUCUCACAGGACAAUAACGCAUGUCAUAUUCGCUUCUUUGUGGAUAGAAUAAUGCACUUUCUUUACACGUCGGAGGUAGUAAACAAGUUCGUUGUACAUGUAUUAUAGAGCUACUAAAUUUUCAAAAAAAUGUAUGCAUUUACUUCCAAAAAGGAUGAGUUUAAACUUGCCGAGUAGAACAGAUCUGACAAGCAGCUGACUGAUAAAGAAAAUGAUCAGCGCAGACGAAGAGUAUAAUUAUAAUUUGUGAUGUAAAUACUAUUUUUUAAUUACUUGUAAUAUUUUAGUAUAUGAAAAAAUUAGUUACUGUACAAUAAUUGUACAGUAACUAAUUUUUUAGUAGUUUUGUAUUUCUUCCUUUUUUUGGCACUGCCCCAUAAGCUUAUUACUACCAUGGAUAAAUAAAGUUUAUUGAUAAAUUGAUCGAUAGAAAAUGAGCAUAAAGAAGAAAAAAUAUUCCCGUGCAUUGUGAUGCUUUUAGAUAAGUGCACCUUGCCCGUGGAGUCUAUGACGUAUUCCAGUAGUUGAACCUACCUAAAACUCGAGAUACUUUCUGCUAAAUGCUUGUGCCCAGGCUUCUUGCAUUCAGAUUAGGUCGCAUUCUCCUGACAUCGAAUGUAACUAGGAAGUAGCCCCCCCGCCUUGGAUAAUGAAUGACUAUCAAACUGUCUUCUCGUCUUGAUAGAAUAAACAAACCCGACCAUGAUUUAACUCAUAUUGGCAAAUCAUAUCACUUGUUUGCCCCCUGAAAUACCAUGUAACAUCUUGCUUUUAUUCCGUGUGAAAAACUGAUGAUGGGUAUCAUGAAUAAGGUUUAUUCCAUACUGAUGACGUGUAUCCAAUUUACCAUAUUUACAUGUAUUUUUGUGUUUAUAGUCAUGUUAUGCAUGGGUUAGGUCUCAUUGUUGAUUACCAUAUGAUGUAUUGUUUUGCUUUCUUUUGCUAAAUGGGGUGACAAGGGUAACAAUAGCGACAACCGUGACAACAGUAACAACAGUGGCAACAUCAACAACAGUGAUAACAGCGACAACAGUGAAAACAGUGACAACAGCGACAACGGUGACAACAGUGACAACAGCGACAACAGUGACAACAGCAACAACAGUGAUAACAACAUCAACAGCGACAAAAGUGACAACAGCAACAACAGUGACAACAGUGACAAGAGCAACAACAGUGACAACAGUGACAACAGUGACAACAGCGACAAUGGUGACAACAGUGAAAACAGUGACAACAGCGACAACGGUGACAACAGUGACAACAGCGACAACAGUGACAACAGCAACAACAGUGACAACAUCAACAGCGACAAAAGUGACAACAGCAACAACAGUGACAACAGUGACAAGAGCAACAACAGUGACAACAGUGACAACAGUGACAACAGCGACAAUGGUGACAACAGUGAAAACAGUGACAACAGCGACAACGGUGACAACAGUGACAACAGCGACAACAGUGACAACAGCAACAACAGUGAUAACAGCCACAACGGUGACAAGAGCGACAAAAGUGACAACAGUGACAAGAGCGACAACGUUGACAACAGUGACAACAGUGAUCACAUCGACAACAGUGCCAACAGUGUCAACGGUGGUCACAUCGACAACGGUGACAACAUUGACAACAGUGACAACAGCAUUAACGGUGACAACAGUGACAAUGGUGACAACAUCAACAGCGACAAAAGUGACAACAGCAACAACAGUGACAACAGUGACAAGAGCAACAACAGUGACAACAGUGACAACAGUGACAACAGCGACAAUGGUGACAACAGCGACAACAGUGACAACAGUGACAACAGUGACAACAGUGACAACGGUGACAAUAGUGACAACAGCGACAACAGUGACAACAGGGACAACAGUGACAACAGUGACAACAGCAACAACAGUGGCAACAGAGAAAACAGCAUUAACGGUAACAACAGUGACAAUGGUGACAAAAUCAACAACAGUGACAACAGUGACAACAGCGACAACAGUGACAACAGCAACAACAGUGACAACAGCAACAACGGUGACAACAGUGACAACGGUGACAACAGCGACAACGGUGACAACAGUGACAACAGCGACAACAGUGACAACAGCAACAACAGUGACAACAGUGACAACAGCGACAACAGCGACAACAGUGACAACAGUGACAACAGCGACAACAGUGACAACAGUGACAACAGCGACAAUAGUGACAACAGCGACAACAGUGACAACAGUGACAACAGCGACAACAGUGACAACAGUGACAACAGUGACAACAGCGACAACGGUGACAACAGUGACAACAGCGACAACGGUGAAAACAGUGACAACAGCGACAACGGUGACAACAGCGACAACAGUGACAACAGUGACAACAGCGACAACGGUGACAACAGCAACAACGGUGACAACAGUGACAACAGUGACAACAGCGACAACGGUGACAACAGUGACAACAGCGACAACGGUGAAAACAGUGACAACAGCGACAAUGUUGACAACAGCGACAACAGUGACAACAGUGACAACAGCGACAACGGUGACAACAGUGACAACAGCGACAACAGUGACAACAGUGAAAACAGUGACAACAGUGACAACAGAGAAAACAGCAUUAACGGUAACAGCAGUGACAAUGGUGACAAAAUCAACAACAGUGGCAACAGUGACAACAGUGACAACAGCGACAACAGCAACAACAGUGACAACAGUGACAACAGUGACAACGGUGACAACAGUGACAACGGUGACAACAGCAACAACGGUGAAAACAGUGACAACAGUGACAACAGCGACAACAGCGACAACGGUGACAACAGUGACAACAGUGACAACAGUGACAACGGUGACAACAGUGACAACAGUGACAACAGUGACAACGGUGAAAACAGUGACAACGGUGACAACAGUGACAACGGUGACAACAGUGACAACAGCGACAACGGUGACAAUAGUGACAACAGUGACAACAGCGACAACAGCGACAACAGUGACAACAGUGACAACAGCGACAACGGUGACAACAGUGACAACAGCGACAACGGUGAAAACAGUGACAACAGCGACAAUGGUGACAACAGCGACAACAGUGACAACAGUGACAACAGCGACAACGGUGACAACAGCAACAACGGUGACAACAGUGACAACAGCGACAACGGUGAAAACGGUGACAACAGCGACAACGGUGACAACAGCGACAACAGUGACAACAGUGACAACAGCGACAACGGUGACAACAGUGACAACAGCGACAACGGUGACAACAGUGACAACAGCGACAACGGUGAAAACAGUGACAACAGCGACAAUAGUGACAACAGCGACAACAGUGACAACAGUGACAACAGCGACAACGGUGACAACAGUGACAACAGCGACAACAGUGACAACAGUGAAAACAGUGACAACAGUGACAACAGAGAAAACAGCGAUAACGGUAACAGCAGUGACAAUGGUGACAAAAGCAACAACAGUGGCAACAGUGACAACAGUGACAACAGCGACAACAGCAACAACAGUGACAACAGUGACAACAGUGACAACGGUGACAACAGUGACAACGGUGACAACGGUGACAACAGCAACAACAGUGAAAACAGUGACAACAGUGACAACAGCGACAACAGCAACAACGGUGACAACAGUGACAACAGUGACAACAGUGACAACGGUGACAACAGUGACAACAGUGACAACAGUGACAACGGUGAAAACAGUGACAACGGUGACAACAGUGACAACGGUGACAACGGUGACAACAGCAACAACGGUGACAAUAGUGACAACAGUGACAACAGCGACAACAGCGACAACAGUGACAACAGUGACAACAGCGACAACGGUGACAACAGUGACAACAGCGACAACGGUGAAAACAGUGACAACAGCGACAAUGGUGACAACAGCGACAACAGUGACAACAGUGACAACAGCGACAACGGUGACAACAGCGACAACAGUGACAACAGUGACAACAGCGACAACGGUGAAAACGGUGACAACAGCGACAAUGGUGACAACAGCGACAACAGUGACAACAGUGACAACAGCAACAACGGUGACAACAGUGACAACAGCGACAACGGUGACAACAGUGACAACAGCGACAACGGUGAAAACAGUGACAACAGCGACAACAGUGACAACAGCGACAACAGUGACAACAGUGACAACAGCGACAACGGUGACAACAGUGACAACAGCGACAACAGUGACAACAGUGAAAACAGUGACAACAGUGACAACAGAGAAAACAGCAUUAACGGUAACAGCAGUGACAAUGGUGACAAAAUCAACAACAGUGGCAACAGUGACAACAGUGACAACAGCGACAACAGCAACAACAGUGACAACAGUGACAACAGUGACAACGGUGACAACAGUGACAACGGUGACAACGGUGACAACAGCAACAAUGGUGACAACAGUGACAACAGUGACAACAGCGACAACAGCAACAACGGUGACAACAGUGACAACAGUGACAACAACGACAACAGCAACAACGGUGACAACAGUGACAACAGUGACAACAGUGACAACAGUGACAACAGCGACAACGGUGACAACAGUGCGACAACAGUGACAACAGCGACAAUGGUGACAACAGUGACAAGAGCGACAACAGUGUCAACAGUGACAACGGUGACAACAGUGACAACAGCAACAACGGUGACAACAGCGUGACAACAGUGACAACAGAGGCAACGGUGAAAACAGUGACAACAGCGUCUACAGUAACAACAGCGACAAUGGUGACAACAGUGACAACGGUGACAACAGUGACAACAGUGACAACGGCGACAACAGUGACAACAGUGACAACAGCGACAAUAGUAACAACAGCGACAAUGGUGACAACAGUGACAACGGUGACAACAGUGACAACGGCGACAACAGUGACAACAGUGACAACGGUGACAACAGUGACAACCGCGACAACAGUGACAACAGCGACAACAGCGACAACAGCGACAACAAUGACAACAGCAACAACAGUGACAACAGCGACAACAGUGACAACAGCGACAACGGUGACAACAGUGACAACAGCGACAACGGUGACAACAAGGACAACAUUGUUAACGGUGACAACAGUGACAAUAGUGACAACAUCAACAACAGUGGCAACAGUGACAAGAGUGACAACAGCGACAACAGCGACAACUUAACAGUGACAACAGUGACAACGGUGACAACAGUGACAACAGCGACAACAGUGACAACGGUGACAAUGGUGACAACAGUGACAACGGCGACAACAGUGACAACAGCAACAACAGCGACAACAGCAACAACAAUGACAAGAGCAACAAUAGUGACAACAGCGACAACAGCGACAACAGUGACAACAGCGACAAUGGUGACAAAAGUGGAAACAGCGACAAUAGUGGCAACAGCGACAACAGUGACAACAGGGACAACAUCAACAACAGUGGCAACAGUGACAACAGUGACAACAGCGACAACAGUGACAACAGCAACAGGGGUGACAACAGUGACAACGGUGACAACGGUGACAACAGUGACAACGGUGACAACGGCGACAAUGGUGACAACAGUGACAACAGCGACAACAGUGACAACAGUGACAACGGUGACAACAGUGACAACAGCGACAACAGUGACAACAGCAACAAUAGUGACAACAGUGACAAGAGCAACAACAGUGACAACAGUGACAACAGCAACAACGGUGACAACAGUGGCAACAGUGACAACAGUUACAACAGCGACAACAGCGACAACAGUGACAACAGCAACAACGGUCACAUCAGUGAGAAUGGUGACAACGGUGACAACGUUGACAAGAGCGACAACAGUGACAACAGUGACAAUGGUGACAACAGCGACAAGAGCAACAACAGUGAGAACAGUGACAACAGCAACAACAGUGACAACAGCGACAACAGCGUUAACGGUGACAACAGUGACAAUGGUGACAAAAUCAACAACAGUGGCAACAGUGACAACAGUUACAACAGCGACAACAGUGACAACAGCGACAACAGUGACAACAGCAACAACGGUGACAACAGUGACAAUGGUGACAACAGUGACAACAGCGACAACAGUGACAAGAGCAACAACAGUGACAACAGUGACAACGGCGACAACAGUGCGACAACAGUGACAACAGUGACAACAGCGACAAUGGUGACAACAGUGACAAGAGCCACAACAGUGUCAACAGUGACAACGGUGACAACAGUGACAACAGCAACAACGGUGACAACAGCGUGACAACAGUGACAACAGCGAAAACGGUGAAAACAGUGACAACAGCGACAACAGUGCCAACAGGGACAACGGUGACAGCCGUGACAACGGUGACAACAGUGACAACAGCGACAACAGUGACAACAGCGACAACAGUGACAACAGCGACAACAGCUACAACGGUGACAACAGCAACAUCAACAACAACAUUGACAACAGUGACAACAGUGAAAACAGAGACAGCAGUGACAACAGUAAGAAGAGUGACGACAGUGACAGCAGCGACAACAUUGACAACAGUGACAAGAGCAACAACAGUGACAAGAGCGACAACGGUGACAACAGUGACAAUAGCGACAACGGUGACAACAGCGACAACGGUGACAACAGUGACAACGGUGACAACAGUGACAACAGCGAUAACGGUGACAACAGUGACAACGGUGACAACAGUGACAACAGCGACAACAGUGACAACAGUGACAACAGCGACAACAGCAACAACAGUGACAACGGUGACAACAGCGACAUCAGCGACAAUGUUGACAACAGUGACAACAGCGACAACGGUGACAACAGCGAGUACAGUGACAACAGUGACAUUGGUGACGACAUCGACAACAGUGUUAACUGCAACAACAGUGACAACAUCGACAACAGUGAGAACUUGCUUUUUAAAAUACAGCUUGUAUGACGUUGGAUUUAUAUUUUUAACUGGCUUUGAUAUGUUGCUGGUUAGAUUGAUUAUGUGAUAAAAAAAACUUGUCUGCAUCUACGUGAUACAUAGAUUUUUAAUAAAGUAGUCCCCAUUUUUGUAUGCCUCUCAAAGAGGUGACGAGUCCCAGAAAUAUUGGAAAAAGAAGUUUUCCUGUUUUUCAAUCCUGGUUCAUUAUUCUUGCAUUAUUUUGCAGCAGCUAUUUAUUAAAGCCUCCUACAUUUCAAAUGCAACUGUUGUAGAAGAGUAACUAAUAUCAUGUAGACUCACGUUUUUGAAACCAGUUCUGUGUGAUUUAUGGAUAAAGAUGCAAUUACUUAUACUGUGGCCAAGCUGUUAGAUGUUGGACUAUUUUAAUCCGGAGGCCUCGGGUAAUAGUAGUCCCCAGCUGACCAUUCUAAGAUUUAUUCACUGAAGUCCCUAGUUGAAAUUCUUGAAUUCAUAUACUUGUAAAUAGCAAGAACUGGAUCACUAAACCUGUACCAGAUGGGAUUCCUUAAUCCUAAUAAUACUAUGUUUAAUUUGAAUUAUUUGUUUCUUUAACCAUGAAAAGCCCCUUUAGGGUAGAGAAUAACUAAAUUUAUGCACUUUACUUGAGUGUCAAUGCAUUAGGCACAAAAUUCUAAUAAUUAAGGAAGCUAUUUUUACAUCUCCUUCAGAGAUGGGACUGCAGCCAUUUUACCUGAUCAUCCAUGACACAUGAAGGUCUAGCUGUUUACAGGCCAUUUUAAAGGCAGUACCUUCAUUGUACAUACAUUUAAAGGUGUUUCAAUGUUACUGUUUUUUUACAUGUAAUGUGAGAAUUUUUUUAUUUCAAUAUGUAGAAGGGCUGAAGGUGAUCAGUGGCGUUGUCCUCAGGACAGGACUCCUCUUCCAAGAAAUGGAGGGGUAAGUAACUAAAGAGGUAAAAAAUCCAAUAUAGUACAUCUUUUGUUGUUACAGUGCUCUUAAGCAACAAUGACAGCAGCAAUGGCAAAAAGAAUGUAAAAAAAGCAAUUUCUGUCUCCUUUCACAAAUGCCUAUAAAAACCAAAUCAAAGCUUAUAACACCUGCAACAGUCAAGUUUUGUUUGUUAGAGCACAAGUAGAAAUGAACCAAACAGCAUAUGUUGGGAUGAAAACUCUGGCCACGCAUUUACUGGUAUUUAAUUAACUAAAAUUCCUUGAAAUGCAAAAUAAAGGUAACCGUUUCAAGCUCCUAGCAAAGGUGAGGGCCCAGCAAAAGAAAAAGUAUUUUCACAAACGUUAUAAUGAAACAAUGAGGUAAAAAUGGAGGAGGAGGCAGGCUGAUUGCUUGUAAGAUCUGAAGUUUGAAGCUUGCAGACUGAGAGGGCUGAUUGAACGACACACCUCAUUUUUAUCUUCCUCAAAAAGCAUAAGAUUGAGGCUAUGUAAUAAUUCUACUGAAGGUGAUCGUGAGCCUACCGGUAUGCACGGCUUGUAUUCCAUUGUCAUUAAAAUCUCCUGACUAUCUUGUGACUAUAGAUACUUAACUUCUUGUCGAUAUCCAAGGCUGCCCAGUCCUCUAAUUUUAACUAAGUAGCCAUAAACUCACUUCAAAAACCCAAAAUGUAGGUAACUAAAUAUACACUAUAACAGGAAAACAUAUAUUUAUUUACUUUCUGGAAAAUAAGUCCAUUUAUUUAAUCAGCAAAAUAUAAACUCUACAUGUGCAGCACACUAAUGGUGAAUUUCUUUGCUGACAUUGCAUGUUGACCAAUUUCGUCUUAAUUUCUUUCUUAUCAAUCCAUAUUUUAUUAACCCAUGUUUUAUCAAUCCAGUCCAGUUCCUGUUUUAUUAUAUGCUGAAGUUGUUGCCAGCCUGCGGAUGCAAAAAGAAGUUCUUGGGCGUGCAUUUUUUGGCCUGAGUGUACUGUACAAAGUACAGACUGUAAUUCCCUGACUGUAAUUCCUCCAGAUAAAGGAUGUUUGCAAAUUAAUGUACAGUCGUGAAUAUUUCAGGAACAAACCCAAGUUUUUUUUCUAUCCCAAACUCCAAAACCAUCUCCUUCAUAGAAAUUGACAACCUAAUCAAGAACCUACUUAUGCUAUUGCUAAUAAAACUAUCCCAAAAUACAAGAACCUUGAUUCUUUGCCAGACUUACUUGUUCUUACUGUAUUACUUGCUACUUUUCUACAUGCUAUAAAUGAAGUGGUGUAAAGACACAUCAAAUUACUUUUUUAUUACAUGUACCUUAUUGCAAAAUUGGCUCAGAGUUAUUGUUUAUAGACUAAAAUCAUCUGCUCUUAGCUAGUUAUUGUUAAUUAAUGUUGGAUAGCUCUAUGGAUAAAUCACUGUCCAGUGGAUAAGUUUUAACUUAGGGAAUUCAAUUACGCUAUUCACUGGAAAGAGAUUAAAUUUAUCUCGUGGCCGAUUAAGCAUUUAGAUCCACCUUUCGAACUUCUGGGCCCUGGUUCACCUUUAGCUAAUAAUUUGAUUCAAUAUUGUCAGCAUAGCAAUCCGCUUACGUUGUUUUAAAGUGAAAAAUAAUAAGCAAACUGUCCAAUUAAAUGUAUUCACCCCCAAACUGCCUGUAACUGUCAGUUCGGAUCCACACCCUUGUACUCGUGCUUCUGAUUUCAUCAGUUUUAACGGUCUUUCAAUACAUACGUAAACAUACAUAAAGCUUUUGACAUCUACCCUGUGAAAGGGGAAGAGAUAUUUCUAUAAACCAAUUACAGUGUCAGAAUGAGAAUCUGCAACCUUGCAGUUCUGUGAAAAAUCGCUAAUUUUGCGGUUGACAAUCAAUUAAGAACUGUUAAAAAUCUAAAGUAUCACGAAAAAUUUGUCGACUUUAUGAUUUUUCAAAAUUUUUGCAAAUGUGGUGGAACAAUCUUUUAAUGGAGAUGUAUGAAACGUUAAUUUUUAGUGGUUUCAUGUUUAGAUUAAGUUUUGGUGCCGAUGUUCUUCUUCCUAACAAAAUUGCGGUUUCAUCUGUAUAGAACUGAUAACAACAAGACUACGUUUGUUCGUUGUGAAUGACUAGUUGGCAAUGUCUUUUAGAAUAAACCUUUCUAGUUUCAACCCAAACAUCUAGAAACUGACGAGCAAAAGGAGUUGAUUAGUAAGAGAACUACUUGCUUGCCCAAUUUGGAAAUAACUGGAUCCAGCAAUAGUUGCUUUGACAGCCAAUUUGGACUCUGCCUAUAACGGUCGUGGCUGUCCUUGGAAUCUUUUUCAUGCAAUUAACAUUUUAAAAAUGAACAGCAUGUAGUCCUGUUACCUACACUAACUGCCCUAUAUUCACAGUUCUUUCCAGAUGAGGCCUGGAAAAGGACCAUACUGUCUCUUAAGAUAAAAUGCAAGCAAAAUGACAAAGGGUGUGACUGGACUGGAGAACUCAGGGAAUAUGAGGUGACAAGUUCAUAAUAAUAACAUACAAUCCCUACAUUUCUCCUUAAACUAUUUUGGUGGCGUUUUCGUGGGUUAAUAUAGGCAAUAAAAAUUAGCAUAUCACUUUUACUAAAAUGCAAGAUGUGUGAUUGCAAUUUUCUCUUGCCUUUUAACCCAGUGCGACUACAUGUAAGUCUCCACAAUUGUUGGAGUCCGUUUUAAAAUUAUGUGGUCAUUACAUGUAAAUGAAAUAUCAUAGGGGUAUAUAUUUAAAAUAGCAAUCAUAUACCUCGAGCUCAAAGAUCCAGAUCCCAAAAGCACAAACUCCAUUGUGUGUUAAACAUCGGACUGUCUGACAACAAACCACAGAAACUUCAAGUAUUUGACGUGAUCACGUGAGCUGACCAAGAUGAACGUGAAUCUUGGUGCUCCAUAACUUUCUUUAUUUCUCUUCGAUUCUUGCUUAUUUCUUGAAUGUUUUCUCCGGUUUUUUUUUGUCAUGUAUGUAUUGUCCUUCGAUUCUCCUACCUUUAUUUUACCAUGCCUGAGUCAGUCGCAAGUUUAUGGUGUUUCCUAUUUGUAUAGCCUGCGUAGCAAGCGUUUCCGUUCGGUUUUGGAGCAAAGAAAGACCGUGGAACGGGAUUCUCGGUUUUGGCCGCGCGAGAAAUGAAACAAGAGCCAAAAAAUGAAAGUGGGGGGAGGCUCUUUUACUUACGCCAUUUUCGCGCGGUCUUUGACUAUCGUUUCUCGUUCUUGGCUCCUAAACUGCACGGAAACGCUUGCUACGCAGGCUAUAUUUAUAGUGUUCUCUUAUUAAUUAUAAAUUUAUAGUUUAUUUAAUUAUUUGUUAAAUUAUCGUGAGCUUUGUUUCUUUCCUUUCGUUUUUCUCUUCACUUCCCUUCUUUUCUUUCUUUCUUUUCUAUGUGUGUGUGUGUGUGUUUGUGUUUGUGUGUUAUUUCUUAUAACCAUUUAUUGUAAAUAUUAUUGUAAACUAUUAUUGUCCCGCAGGCCUAGAACGGCACUUUUGCUAAUUGUGUGGACAAGACAACUGUAACUUGUUGCAUGAAAUUCAUUAAAGAUUGUUGUUAUUUUUUUUAUUGUAUUCCUUGUUUACUUUUUGCCCUUACAAUAAUAUCGAUUGGUGGUCUUUUGUGGUGUCCAUCACUUUUUAAUUUUACACAUUGACUACUUACAUAUAUUCCAGAACCACAAUUCUAUAUGCCAGUAUGUCUCUGUUCCUUGUUGGGACUGUGAAGAAAUCAUGGAGAGGAGGGCUCUGGACUCUCACAAAACAUUUGCAUGUGUUGAAAGGAUCGUAUUUUGUCAUUAUUGUGAUAAACAGUUUCCUUUCCGCAUCCUAAAGGUACAGUGUAGAUGUAAAUCUGUCUUGUGACAAUAAACCUACCCUGAGCAGAUUCAUGAAAUUGAAAUUCAAGGUCAGUUUUACUUGGGAGCUAGAAAAUGAAGUGCAUAUGACAUGAAGAAGUUCCAACAAUCUCAAUUUUCCUUCUUGAUGUUAUUUGACAACUGUCUAACGUUGUCUUGAGUGUCGACCAGCGCGAAAAUAACAGUCGGUCUGACCAAUAUAUAUUUGCCCCCUACCUGCUGACGGACAUCAGAUGGCUAGAUAAAAUGUACAAUUAAUGUAACUCUUGACAACUGAAGACUGGUGUAGUACUAAAAGAAAUCUUAACAUAAUUCGUCGGAUAACUUUUCUAGGCAAGGACCGUCUUUUGGAGGCCUUUGUAAGGAGUAUAUAAUUAUUUGGAGACCUUUGCAGGAAGUAGUUGACUAAACAAGGAUACAAAAAACACGACAGUCACAUAUAUUUUUUUAAAAAACGAGAGGGCCAUUCCCGAGAAUUACCUUUAGCCUCGUUUUCAUAGCGAGUCCUGGUGCUUAUUCUUUCAUGGGAAAAUAAGUUUUUACUGAUUCACACACAAGUUGAACUCCCACAUACGAAUAGUGGUGCAUCAGGCUUCCAUAAGGUGGCUUAGAGCAACUCGGAAAUAGAUUGUGACCAAAUAUCACUACAUAGUACAGGGCGUUUCAAAAGUUAGUUCCGGUUGUAAAUUGUGUUUUGCGCAAAGCAUUUAAUGCUUCCUUAAGCAAAUGUAAACUGAUUCAGGUAGGAAAUUUAUCUAAAUAACCGUUCAAAUCAAGUUCAAACUAAAAUUUGAAGAAAUUAUCAAAUUUUUUAACUUUUUUCCCUGAAUGUGCACGUACGCGAAUUUUUUCUCGCCAUAUUUUUCCUGCCCAUUUUGUAGGUUUUCUAUUUUCGUUUUUUUUUUUUUGCCGUUUUCUUUAAUUUGUUUUCUCUACUCUUUCACGAAAAUGAAGGCGUACACUGUUUGUGCUAAAGCUCAGGCAUCUAUUUUUACGGUGCUUUGUCCAUUUAGUCAAAGAAAUUGUCAAAUUGUUGAAGAAGUCUGAACGAUGAGAGAACAAGUGGUCAAAAGUAAAGACCUUACAAGACAAACCAAGGAGUAGAUGGCCGGUUUUUUUUUUACAAACUGUGUGAAAAAUGUUAUCGAAAAAGCUGUAAGACUAAAGUAUGUGCGUAAUAAUUCAACAAGACUGCAAGGUAAAAAGAAAACUUCAACUUCACAAUAUCAAAGUUUCGAGCACAACAGAAUGGACAUAUGUGACCAACAAAGGUUGGAAAGCCUUGAAGAGAAAAAAGGCGGUGCACACUUCAUGCAGGCAUGGCAUCAGAAGAAUUUGUAAACUUUAUACCAAAGGACGACCGACCGGCAAACUCACGUGAUGCGAACCCUCUUGUAACCAUCUGAUUAUCGUUGAUGAGACAAUAUACAAAGAUCCAGCCCCCAAAACACUAAACUAGCUAAGACAGCGACCACGCUUCAGCUGGAAAAUUGUGAAUUUAGACACGCUAUGCAUGGGAGCUCGUACAUUCUAUACCUCACCGCUUAGAAAAUGUCAGAAAUCAUAAGAGAAGACAUUCUGGUUGCUAAUAUUUCAGAUAGUCAAUGUUAAAUGAAUAACAUGCUUAGGUUUACAAAAGUUAUCUUUUAAUUAAUAAUCAGUGAAAUUUAAGUGAAGAAAAAAUCGGAACGAACUUUGAAACAGCCUGUACACCGUGUUAUUCUCAUUUCCCUUAUAUACGAGUAAUCCGUUUAGUAUAGGGUAGAGAAGAGUGCCGUCACAAAAUUUCGAAUUUGCGAAAUUAUGGGAUUGGUUGGCAUUUUCAGAAAGAACAAGAAGAAAAGUGUUCACCUGCUAAAAAACAACCUGUUAUUGCAAAUUGGUGGAGAGAUAUAAGCAACGUUAUGCUCUUAUGAUUCCGUACAAAUCCUAUAAAAUCUGACCUGGAUCGUACGAGUUACGAUCAAGGCCAAUUUCAGAAGGAUUUGUAUGGAAUCAUCAGAGCAUAACGUCGCUUAUAUCACCAUUGAUUUUUGGCGAACGGGCAUUUCUCAGUCUUUUUCUUUCUGACCAUCUUACCCAAUCGCAUAAUUUUAUUAAUUUAGUUUUCGUGACGUCAUCACUUCUUCACUCUGUUGAAGUUCAAGUGAGGCCUUUCAAACCCUCAUUUGUCUACCAUCAAUCAGCUAAACCCAGAAAGUCCAAAAUUUACUUCAUUCGCAAUGAGCAAAAACGUUGUAGAACAGAUACUCCACGUAGAUAUCAAUAACAAAACACCAAAACGCAUUCGACGACAUCCUCGGUCGGAACGGAGCGCAGUGCGAUUUAACACACGUGACCAGCAGCCACAUUAGUUUAUUGAAGCAAAAAAGGCCAGGGUGUCUACGCAAACAGUAUUGGGUUUCUACACCGGUCAUAAAUGUCUGUCAGUUUUUUGGCCAACGUGAUGUCAUGUAAAAAUUCUCUACCCUUCCGGUCAUGAAUAUUAGCCGGUGAACACAUCCGUUUCUCCGCGCUCUUCGCCCGCUGGGGACGUUUCGCCCGGAAACGUCCCCAGCGAUGAAGAGCGAGGAGAAACGGAUGUUUUCGUAGGCUAGUAAAAUAUGUUAAGUGCAAAUGAAGAGGUAAAAAAUAUUAAAUUGUUAAAUAUCAUUUAACAGGUUCACGAGGAUAAAGAUUGCCCUCUCUUUCCUCUCCGUUGUCCACAGAAAUGUGAAAAAGAAGAGAUACCUAGACAAGAGGUAGUAGUUUAUGAAAACACAUGAAGUUGGUACAUGUAUCUAGUUGCGGAUGCGGGGGUGGGUUGGAGGGGGGGGGGGAUGAUCUUCACACAUCUGAAAAGCACUAUUAAGCCCUUAACCGACGGUUUUUAGAUGUUACCGGUUUUUUACUCCUAUGCGACCUUCGACAUCAACACCACUUGAAAACAGGUUUCUGUCUCUAAUGGGAUGCAGUAUACAGGGCGCAGCGCAGCUACUGUCGCAGUUUGAACCCUUUUUUUUCUCCACCCCUUAAUAAAAAUAAAUGGACCACGUGGACGUUACUCACCCCCGAAAGGUUAGAAAUCUCCGAAAUGUUAGCGCUUAAGGAAUACUACCUUUUAUCUCUAAAUCACUUAUACAAGCUUGAACUGCAGAUGGACGCUCACUUAAAAAAUGACUGCCCGUUGACAAAGAUACCCUGCCCAUUCCAAAUUUGUGGAUGCUCUGUCCAGGUAAGUUAGAAAAUUUAGACUGGACAUAUUUUUCAUUCGUUCCAUACGUUUGUAUUAAUAAAUAGCAGUUUUGAGUGAGUGUUGGUCCCAGUUUAGUAUCAAGGAGUGUUCACAGUAUUCGUAUUUCUUUUUUCUUUGCGGAUCGACAUUUCGUCUUCCCAUACUUGAUGAAACGGUCACCAAAGCCGCAUUAAAAAAAAUACUGGUUUCCCGUAUUGAUGGAAACGAUGACGUCACAGUAGCUAGUCUCACACGAAAUAUAUUAAAUAAUGUUUGGCUUGUAACUUGCCUUAAUUUUUGGCAUACUUGUUCGUAAAAAAUAAUAGAUCCUUCCACGGUUUUUGUAACUAUUGACGUGGACCAGUUAGCAAAAAUCCGGCAUUACCACUGUAUCUUGUAUCUUACACCUAUCCCGUAGUCAUGGUGACCGUUGGGGCGCCACAGACCGCUAUUAGCCCUUUCCUUCCCCUUGAUGAUUUGUUUUCGGAUUCUCUUAGGGCCUCGCAAAACUUCAACCCUGUCCACUCAGAGAUGUUAUUCUCCCAACGCGUCUUUUUUCGGCCUCUUGUUCUCUGUCCUUGCCCUGUUCCUUGUAAAAUUGUCUUGGCAAGCCCUGUGGAGCUACCACUGUAAAGAACGCCAAAAAAUUUGCAAAGUUUGAGAGUGAUUUAUUGAAAACUAACGACGUUUUAACUCCGCAAAGACGCGAAAUUUUACAGACGUUUGUGAGAUGGGUGAAAGGAGGAGAAAGUUUGUGAUCCCACCACCCAAAUAAGCCAGCUGCACAAUUUUGGCCCAAGAUCAGUUGCUAUGAAUUGGCUGUACAAAGGCUACCUAAUAUAAGUAUUUAUUAUUGUUUGCAGGAACGUCGGUGUAAGAUGGACAUUCAUGUGCAAAAAAAUAGCUCUGUGCACCUGUUCGAUGCAUGUUGCCAACUUCAAGCGUUAAAACAAAAAGUAAGUGAUUAUGGGAAUCUAGAGCAACGCGUAGAAAGAUUGGAAGCGGAAAAAUUGUCCAUGAAACGUUCUUUGGACACGUGCAAUCAAGAGAUUCGGGGGUUGAGAGCGACAGAAAGAGAGCAGAGGAAAAAACUCUCACAAGCGGAACAUCAACUGGCAGAGUUAUACAAAGAGAAAAAGAAAACCCAGUUGCUGGAAAAACGUGUUGAAGAAAUGCAGAGCCGAUUUCAGGCUAUGGGAAAUGCCCUUGGCUUGAGUGAUGGGAAAGGACACAGUAAAAAGCCAGAAGUUAAAAAGAGAAAGGUUGAAGAGAAGGUAACAUAAACUUUCAUUACUUUGUUUGUUUUUACUAAUCCCUUACAGUAAUGGAGAGGAAAAUUCGUUACGUCACGUUGCCAUGGUAACAAAAUUUCUGGAUGACCACAAACCGAAAACGGCACUUAAAAAGUGAAUUCGCACUGUUUCAAACUUCAUCGAUCUUAUUCAAUUCCAUUUUUAAAUUAAAAUUUGAAACAUCUUGGCGAAAUUGUCGGGGGUUGAAUCCGAAAGGACCUGAUCUGAGUUGAGAAAAAGGAAAAGAAAAUUUUCGUGCUUUGUUCACCAACUCCAUAAAGCGGGCCCGUGAAAUUAGGAAGUUUCAAGUCGCAGACUUGCAACGACGGCUGAGAAAUGUACAAAAAAGGGUGAUGCACUUGCAAAGUUGUCGUUUUACUGAUAUAAACCGAUUGCUUUUUUGCCGUUCUCGUUCCGUCGCCGUCGUUUUUGCUAAAGCUCCACAUUGUUGUGAUCUCAAAAUGUUGCUACCAUGGUAACGUGACGUCAGACUUCUCCUCUCUAUAAGCAAGCUAGCUUAAUCUAAGAACUUCAACCGACACAAUGCCGCGUUGAAGAUACUUUUCUUCGAAAUAUGUGGACCUUAAAUUGGUAGACUCUGUCCCCCAUGGUACUCGCCAGUAACAUCUUAACGAAUGUGCGAGACACCUGAUGCGCAAGCCUAUUCAUGCAAUGUUCCGGUUUACGCUGACCAUACCUGCGUUAAGGCUAACAGAGUGGAUCUACGGUUUUUGGACCAAAAGGAAAGAAAGUCUGGGCAGUUGAAAUGAGUUGUCCGUGGGUGGAGGAUAGCGGAAAGAAGAAUGAGGAGAAGACAGCCAAGUACGAUCCUCUGCGGUGCGAGUUGAGGAAGCGAUACCAGUAUAACAUCGACUCGUGUUAAAAUUAUUGUCAUUGAUGUGCUAGGAGGGUGGUCAAUGGAACUUGAGCGCAGUGAUUAUGAAAAAGCUAGUUUGUGUAAGGGCAAAGGAUGUUUUGCGAAGAAUGCAGAAAGCCACAAUCUCGUGCUCGCUCAACAUAGCACGUACUUUAAAUUCAACUGUUCUUUAACUGAUUAAAUGAUCUAAGUAAGGACAUGUUAGGACCAUGUUUCGAUGGGAUCGCAGAAGUGACGUUUUUUUAA